AUGACACUCGACAGCACAACGACGGCAAUACGAGCGGCAAUGUGCACCCCAGCGCUCGUGACGCCAACACUGCGCGUCAAGGUGCAGCCGAUGCACGACGAAUGCCGGCCAGAGCUGUAUAACAUCGACUUUGACCUCAGCUUUCGCGCCUUUGGCAUUCGUAACUCGCAGCUGCUGCGACAGUAUCUGUUGAGCCACCCCUGUGCGCGACCGGGGGCAGUGGUGCUGAAAGAUUGGAGUAAAACAAGCGGGGUGAAUAACUCUGUCAAUGGAUACUUCACAAGCUACGCUAUUAAUAUCAUGUGGAUAUACUACCUUAUACAGAAGAAACAUGCACCGUACGUGGACCCACUCGACAUUCCCGUAUCAUUGGUGGACUACACGGAUCUUGACCCCACAUACACACCCAUGAUAGACCCAGCCCUCACUCCUGCUGAGCUUGACACGCUCUACAAGGAGGCAGGUGAGAUGCUGGUGGGGUUCUUUUACUUUUAUUCUUUUGAGUUUGACUGGGAGCACCACGUUGUCUCACUCAAUCGCCCUGGCAUCACAACAAAAAAAAUGCUGGGGUGGCACGUGGAAGAUGUUGUGCCGCCCAUGUCUUCCACAGUCGGUAGUGGUGGUGGUGGUGGUGGCAACAGCAGUGGGGGUGCAAAGCGGCACCCCACGCGGUACGAGUUGUGCAUCGAAGACCCCUAUGAGGAAAAUCUAAACUUGGGACGUCACAUUGGCAUCACGAAAUCGCUGCGUGUGCGCACAGAGCUUUACCGCGGCCUGCUGUCACUCCUGAAGGACGGUGAAAAGGAGUCCUGUGUUUUUGCGUCGACAGACUUGGCAGAGUCGAAUGAAGGUGUGGGGUCGUCGCCAUCAGGGCUCCCCGCACGUGCUCUGUUUAAGCUCAUGGCGUUGACGACGCAAGCCAUCGCGGAGCCCAAGUCGUUGUCGGGUGGUGGUGGUGGUGGUGGUGCUGGCAAUGGUAUUGUGGGUAAUGGCACCGCUGUUUCCGCUCCUGUUGCUACUUCUGCGAGGUCGGCGGUUUCGUCUUCGUCUUCGUCCACCGUGACAGGAAUUGCCGGGGUUCCUGAAGAACGACUGGAGAGCCUCUUCCGCGAGAAAGCGUCCCUGGAGUACCAACUCGCGCGCAAGGCGUGGAACUGGCAGCAGCUGAUUCACCGCCUGGGCUACAAGAUUCACCGCGGUCACGUGCUCCCGCGGCGGGAGAUUGGUGUGCGUUGCGUUGCUCGACGAGAAGACGAGGAGUCACCGAAUGGCACAAGCAGCAGUAGCAACAAUAAUAGUGGCAGCCGAAAGCCACCAGGGGCGCAGGGACGCCAUCUCACCGAGGGCGUGCUGCGCGACCUCAGCCGCGGUUUCAUGACGCUCACACCUGAGUGGGUGGCGUGGUCAACGCCGUGGGUGAGUCAGCACUUGCGCGGCUACAGUCGGCUGACAACUCUCUCAGGUGACGCAGCUGUUGCUGCUUCUGCUAAUAGUAAUGCGACGGCUGCUGGUGUGCCGGCGACCCCUUCUAGCGGGGAGGUGGCAAUGGGAGCCAUACGGGGGACUCGUCGUAAUGCGGCUCCAAUGGGAUUGGCCAUGACAAGAGCGAUGAUGGUGCGAACGUCCGCCUCAACAAGGGGAACGGCAACAGCGAUAUUUGCACGACUUGGUCGUGGAGUAAGGCGAGUCGUACCCCUUAGAUUCAUCCGAUAG